GUAUUAUAACCACCUCUUCUGUCUUCCACGCGUCUCUCCGUCCGUCCGUCUUUCACACUCACAAGCCCCGCUCCGAACGUCAAACCCUAAAGUACUGAAAAACCCCUUACACUGUCUGCCGAACUGCUACCACCAUUGCCUCUGAGAGAGCUCCAUUUCAGAGUCUUGCAAUGUAUGCUAACAACUAAUAGUCUGUGCAUCAAAGCAUGGGAGACAGCGAAACAGUCAUAUCUGAGCCUUCUGCCAUGAUGGACUAUACAUCCACUGGCUAUUCUGAUGCCAGCUCAAAUGUUGUUCCAAACACUGGGGCUUCCCCCUCUGAAGCUACUGGGGUUUUUUCUGCAUCUACUGCACCGGCUGAUAUAAGUUCUACUGUUUGUGGCGGUUCUGAUUUGGGAGAUGGAAAUGUACAUAGUACAGAUCCUGAUCCCAAUAUACAAGAAGCACAUGUGAUUACAACAUCUGAAGCUAACCUAGCUGCUGAAGUUGCUAAUACUAGUGAGAAAGUCACUGAUCUGGAAAAUGCUGCAACAGAAUUCUCUCAAGCUGGUGGUAAUAUAUCAUCUCUGAAUGGUACUGAUGGUAUAAGAGUUGAGAAUGGACAUGUUUCAGAUCAUGUAGGUAGAUCUGCGGAUGAGCAACAGUUCGAUGGUUUUGUACCAGCUGUGUCUGCUGAAGAAGAUCGACUGUGGAACAUUGUGAGGGCUAAUGCUUUAGAUUUUAAUGCAUGGACUUCCCUAAUUGAAGAGACCGAGAAGGUGGCGCAGGAGAACAUUUUGAAAAUCCGAAAAGCUUAUGAUGCUUUUGUGGCAGAAUUUCCUUUGUGUUAUGGUUAUUGGAAAAAGUAUGCAGACCAUGAGGCUCAUCUAGGCUCUGUUGAGAAAGUAGUGGAGGUUUAUGAACGGGCAGUACAAGGAGUGACAUAUUCGGUGGAUAUUUGGUUGCAUUAUUGUAUAUUUGCCAUUAGCACAUACGGGGAUCCAGAAACCAUCCGUAGGCUCUUUGAACGAGGAUUAGCUUAUGUUGGAACAGAUUACCUGUCAUUCACACUUUGGGAUAAAUACAUCGAAUAUGAGUACAUGCAGCAAGAGUGGGGCCGUCUUGCUAUGAUUUACACCAGGAUUUUGGAGUAUCCAAAUCAGCAAUUGGAUCGCUAUUUUAACAGCUUCAAGGAGUUAGCUGGAAGUCGACCUUUGUCUGAAUUAAGGACUGCUGAGGAAGCUGCUGCUGCUGCAGCAGCAGCACUUUCAGAGGCUAGUGUCCAAGCCAAUGAGGGAGAGGUUCAUCCUGAUGCUACGGAACAAUCUCCUAAACCUGUAAGUGCUGGCUUAACGGAGGCAGAGGAGUUGCAGAAGUAUAUCGCCAUCAGAGAAGAGAUGUAUAAGAAGGCUAAAGAGUUCGAUUCUAAGAUCAUUGGUUUUGAAACAGCAAUUAGGAGACCCUACUUUCAUGUGCGGCCUCUAAAUGUUGCAGAGCUUGAAAAUUGGCAUAGCUAUUUGGAUUUUAUGGAAAGGGAAGGUGACUUUAACAAGGUGGUCAAGUUAUAUGAAAGAUGUUUGAUUGCAUGUGCCAAUUAUCCUGAGUAUUGGAUGCGUUAUGUUUUAUGCAUGGAAGCUAGUGGAAUGUUGGAUCUCGCAAAUAAUGCACUUGCUCGUGCAUCUCAAGUGUUUGUCAAGAGACAACCAGAGAUUCACCUUUUUGCUGCUCGGUUUAAGGAGCAAAUUGGGGAUAUACCUGGUUCUCAAGCUGCCUAUCAACUUGUUCAUACUGAAAUCUCUCCUGGUCUCAUUGAAGCAAUUAUUAAGCAUGCAAAUAUGGAAUAUCGGCUGGGGAAUCUGGAAGAUGCCUACUCAUUGUACGAACAGGCCAUUGCUAUUGAAAAAGGAAAAGAACAUUCGCAGACAUUACCGAUGUUGUAUGCACAAUAUUCUCGGUUUGUAUACAUGGUUUCUGGUAAUGAUGAAAAGGCUAGGGAAAUUCUACUUCAAGCACUUGAGCAUGUGCAACCGUCCAAACCAGUUCUUGAGGCUUUAAUACAUUUUGAGGCAAUUCAGUCCUUACCAAAGAGAAUCAAUUAUCUAGAUUCGUUGGUUGUUAAGUUCAUAGUUCCUGACCUAGAGAGCCCCAAUGUUGCUGGUCCAGCUGAUAGGGAAGAGCUUUCUUGCAUUUUUUUGGAGUUUCUGAAUGUCUUUGGGGAUGUACAAUCCAUCAAGAAGGCUGAGGAUCGGCAUGCUAAGCUUUUCUUGCCUCAUCAGAGCACUUCAGAGUUGAAAAAACGCCAUGCAGAGGAUUUUCUAGCAUCAGAUAAGGCCAAAAUAGCCAGGUCUUAUUCUGUUCCUUCACCUGCGCAGUCCUUGAUGGGUGCAUAUCCAAGUGCACAAAGCCAAUGGACAGCUGGUUAUGGUUUGCAGCAUCAAGCUUGGCCAGCAGUUACGCAAGGACCAGUUCAACAGUGGGCCCCUGGCAAUACACAACAGCAGGCUGCAUAUGGUGCAUAUAGCGGUUAUGGAAGCAGUUACACUAAUCCACAAACGGCAGCAUUAGCACCACAAACUGCCGCUUAUGGGGCUUAUCCUACUACAUAUCCUGCGCAGCAGGCUUUCCCACAACAAAGUUAUGCACAGCCCACUGCAGUAGUAGCCGCCCCACUGCAGCAACCCGCGUCAGUUCCGCAGGCCUAUUAUGGGAGUUACUACUGAAGCGGCCAAGUCAAUUGUUGAAUUGUGGCAUGGUUUUGGCAUAUGUAAUCAAUUCUUUCGUUUGUCUUGUUGGUCUCUGCAUAGACUGGCCCGUACCAUUGGUUUUUUGUUUAAGACAUGGGUAUGGUGUUGCUAACAAAGAACUAUCAAGGGAAGAGAGGCCUCCGUCUUAGCUGUGUUUCAGGCAAUU